AGGUGCAGUAGCAGUAGCAGUAGCAACAGUUGCUGUUACCAUCACCGCUGCCGCCGGGUUCUCGUGCUACGUGUCGCGAGAUUUUGAGGGAGGGCAGAAGAGUCGGUGGGUACAGCUCCGUGAAAGACACUCCACCACUGUCCUAUAUUGCCUCCUCAUCAGCCUGCCUCAGGGUAGCCAUGAAAGAGAUGAGGUAGCCACCCUUGAGUGUGCUAGAACACAACUUCAAAUGGAUGCAAAAUAUAAAGACGAUGUAUUUAGGAAGUAUGUACAGUUUCAUGAAUCCAAACUGAAUACCUCUGAUAAGAAACAGCACCCAGUUAGUGAUGAAUGUCUACAAGUAACAGCUUCAACCUUGCUCUGCUUUCCCAAGAUUGAUCCCUUCUAUAGAUUCCGGCUGAUUAAAUUCUAUGAGAUAGUUGAAAAUGCACUUAGAUCCUUGAAAUCUUCAAGCUUGUGUUCACUCCAAAAUGCAUUUGGUGUUCUGGAAUCAGUUGGAGUUAAUCUUUUUCUUUACCCUUGGAAGAAAGAAUUCAAAAGUAUAAAGACCUACACAGGACCUUUUGUUUAUUAUGUAAAGUCUACAAUACAUGAUGAGGAUAUAAGACAGAUACUGAACUUGAUGGGAUACAUCCAAGAACUUGGAACUAUGUAUAAGCUCAAAGACCUGGUUGAUACCUUCCAGGUAAAGAUGGUAUCGUUUGAACUAUUCUUGGCCAAAUUAGAGUGCGAACAAUUGAUAGAAAUUCAUUUGCAAGUGAAAGAUAAAGGUUAUUCAGAACUUGAUGUUGUAAAUGAAAGAAAAAAUAGCAAUGAUAUCCGAGGGUGUUCAGAUGCUUUGAAACGUCGUGCAGAAUGCAAAGAAAAUCUAAACACUCCCAUGUCACGAAUGGUUCUUCAGAAAUCUGCUAGUGAGAGAGGCUGUAAAGAUUAUUUCAAACCCAAAGUUAGCAAAGCUUCUAAAUCAGUGGACGCAUAUGAUAGUUACUUGGAAAAUAAGAAGCCACCUUUGGCGUCAUUGAGUCUCCGAAAAGAACCCAUUUUGAUUGAUACUGAAGACGACAUUAAAGAUGAAAUAAUUCAUCCCUCACCUUCUCUCCUUGCCAUGUCAAGUUCUCCACAUGGUUGUUCUGAUGAAUAUUUACCAGUUUCAUCCCAUUCCAAUGGCAUAUUACGAACGGGUAUUCCAUAUGGUACUUACUAUUCCCCACAAGAUGAUUUAGAUUUAUAUACUGACUCUGAUCAUAGAAGUAUGUUUAAGAGACAAGAAUCCACUAAACAUGAUGUAUGGCUGCUAAGGAAUGAUGCCAACCCGACUUACCAGAAACGUACACAGCUAGCCAAAGAGACCACUUCCCUUAAGUGCCAAAACUGUGGAUUAUCUUGCGGUACCUCCAUUUGCCAAAAGUGUGACAGCUUGCUCAUCUGCAGGCAAGAAUAUCCACCAAUGAAGCAGAGCAGCUAUUCACUCAAAACACUUUCAGCUGAAGGCAUAUCUUCCGGAUCUGCGGUAAGGGAAAAGCCGCAAUACAUGUUGCAGACUCAAGAGCGAGUAUCUCAAUACAGUUCAAAAUCCAAGCCUUCAGCCUCUUCACGCUGUGGCUUUUGCAACAGACCAGGAGCUACAAACACAUGCACUUUUUGUUCAAAGGUUUCCUGUGAUUCUUGCCUCACUGCUUACUAUUAUGAUCCCUGCUGUCGAAAAAGUGAGCUUCACAGGUUCUUGCCAAACAAUCAAUUAAACUAUAAAUCAAACCAGCUAUCACACAUGGUUUAUAGAUAGAUUUUUUAUUUUUUGAAAAUCCUGUAUUUUGGGAGAAAAGGGCUAAUAACACAAACAUGCUGAUGUUGCUGGAAGUACCAUCCUACUGACCUCUUAGGAGAAAUCAAAAGUAAGACAUGCCCUAACAUUGGACAAAUACACCUUAACAUAGGUGCCAGUACUCAAUGAUGUGACUUCAUAAAUGUUGUCUAUAUAAUAGUUAACACUCCUGCUACUGUUUUCAGUGACUCCUAGCUGCUUUCCAUUUAGAUUGGGGGGAGGAGCAGUUUUCCCUUUUUUAGAAGCAGACUGUUUAUUUUUAUUAAAUGUAUUUAUUUAUUUAUUAAAUUUAUUAGUCGCCCAUCUGGCUGGUUGUCCAGCCACAGGCAUUGCAAUUCAUUUUUUCCCUAAAGAGAUUUCACAUGUCUGUGUUUUGUUGCUGUCAUUGCCUCAUCUACAUAACAAAACAUCAGAGUAGUAACUGGAAAGAUGACCAAGAAACUAAGAACAGUAUUUUCAGUGAAUUGUGAAAUAGUCUGCUUUGGUAACUUGCAUGCAAUAUUCAUUUGUUUUUGCCAAAAAAGUGUGUUGUUUUUUAAUUAAAUGCAUUUCCUACGCUCCAAAUGGCAAAUCACCAUGAUGUAGCUUCCUCAUGUCUCCUUUUCUUUCCCCUCAUCACUUUCCAGGAUCUCUCUGAAGCAUAUAAAAUCAAAUUCUAAACUGAGUAUUUGCUUUAUUUUUCAGUGUUGCCAAUAGACCCUACUUGUGUUCUUUCUUUAUUCUUCUAGUAUUGAGAAGUGAAUCUAUAUGUGUUAUGUUUUACCUGAGUGUUCCCCAUGAGUAAUGAUAGGAUUCACUUUCUGUUGCACAUGUAUCAAAUCCUUUCUACUGUAAACAGAUGGUUUGGAAGCAGUUUAUUUUUUAAUAAAUAUACUCUGUAUGUUGUGUUUUUUUUAAAAAGUAUAAGGUCUUGUAACGGAAGUCUCUGGGUUAUUUUUUCAGGUAAGAUUAUUUUUUCCUUGUACUGUAUUUCAUCUACCGCUUAUUAUGCUGUUGUGGUAGACAGAUGUCCCUCAAAAUCCAUUAGUCUCUUUGCUUCCUUUCAUUGGGUAGAAAUUCUGACUCUGAAGGUUUGUCAGAUAGAGAUGGGCAAGUAACUUCACUCCAACCCUUCCAUACAGAAGUGAAGGUCUUUUGUUUUAAUGACACAUCAAGGAUUAGAAGAUUUGGCCAUACAUACAUGCUGUCUCCUGUUCAUGUUCACAGGAGUAUGUUUGCCUAAAGUACAUAGCCAUAGCACACUAGAAAUAGUGAAGGUUAAAAUAGGAGGGAUUGUGCCAUUCCCAAUCAAAAUUUCUUAGUUAUGGAGAUGAAUCCAAAUCCAGAAUUUGGUCGUAAGUCACAAAGGGUGUCAAGUGUCCUUUUAAUAAUUUGUUCUUUAUGUUUAGUAAUUAUGCCAUUGCAUUGAAUUCUGAACUUUGUGGCAGAUUACCAUGGGCCCUAAAACUGUUCAUUUUAAGAGCAUGGUUGUAGAUUCUAGGACUUGAAAGAUUUGUAGCCCUUUCAUGCUUUCUGUGACAUAAACAUACAUGAAUGGCCAGUGUGUGGGUGGUGGCGGCAGCAGGAACACAAAAGGGAUUUAACACAUACUGUAAAUUUCUGAAAUUCUGUUCUGAAUGAGCAUCAAAUGUACCAUCUCAAAUGAUUUUUUAUGGAAUGUUACCAACUACAAAGUGUUAUCAAGAAAAGUAGGAAUGAGAUUAUUGCUGUGGCAUACUGCGUUUAGUAUUCUGUUUUCUUUGCAGGCAAGUAUUAUCUUGCUGACUAUGAAAGUCAGCGGUGGAUGAUCAAGGUUUUCAGAAUCUUUGAUGGAUCUUUUUUAUAAGCAUAUAUUAAUAUGCCUGUAUUAUACAAUGUAUAUAUAAUGUCAAAUUUAAAAUCAUUUUACUCCUUCUAAAAUAUUUGCCUGUACAAUUCAUUUUGUUGUGUUCUAUUUCUGUUCAACCUCUUCAAGCAUUACACCUGUUUUUCUCUGGCUGUUAUACUGUGUAGCUUCUAGUUCCUCUCUUGUUCAGGUUCCACAUUGCUACUCACAUGACACUAAAUUAACAAAAACUGUGAUGCCACGUAAUUUAUACAGUGAACCUAGCAGGGACUAAUUACAUUGCUUUAAAAAAGAAACAGUCCUGUGUACAUAUUUGUCAUGGAAUACCUGUAGUACAGAACAAUGUUAAAUUGCAAGUGAUACCAUGCUAAAUAUACUUUUAUGUGUAUCUUACUGUAUAAGGUUGCUGUGUUUGAGACAGUAAAAUAUAUAUUAAUUUAAAA